AGCGGGGGCUGUUCCCGAUGUGCGACUGCGUGGCUGUUGGUCUGUUCACCCUGCACGUGGGCUGGUUCUUUCUCACCGGCCUGCAGUGGAUGGGCCCGGGCUGGGGCAUCUCGACGCAUCACCUUACCGAUGUUACCGACAAAGCCCACCAACGCAUGGUACAUAAGGGACGGAAGGAAGCCAUGGACGGACAGGAUGGAUGGAUGGAUGGAUGGAUGGAUGGAUGCACGGACAAUGCAAGCGAAAGAUAUUAUGCAUUAUGAAGUGUGGUGUCUUCCGCCAUUAAUUUGCUGCAGAGCGACUCGCCGGUGGUGCACAUCCUCAUCGGCUCCGUGCUGCUGUCCACCCUCAUCACGGCUGGAGCCAUCAUCGCCACCAUGACAUUCUGGAGCAUCCACAAGCAAGUCAAGGGCAAGAUACCGCCACUGCCUCAGAUAGAGAGCACCCGUGCCUACCUCAGAAGCCUCGUCGGCCGAAAGGUGAAGACGGUGAAGGACGAGGGGGAGGGGGGAGUCAAGAAGGAUGACCACAGCAACGGGGCCGGUGGGGGUGGAGGUGACUGUGGGGAGCCGGCAGCCGACUCGCCGCUCUCUGAGUGACCGACGAGGGGGCACAUGAUGAGCUCCCAGAGACAUCUCUUUGUAUCUACGGUGCGGACAGAGCAGCGUGUGGGUUGGCUUUGCAUUGGUUGACGUGUGCACAUGCAUGGACGGACGGACCACCAUCAUCAGUGUCGCUCGCUGUUAGUGUGCAGUAAGUAAUGAAUGUUUCCUCUACUCGGACGAUCAAUCACUG